GGUUGAAAUUAAUGGUGGAUAGAGAGAGGUUUGGUAGAUUAUCAGUAGAGAUUGUCUGCAGCAACAUAAACAGCGAAACAGGGGUUUUGGUUAGGGUUACGUUCUUGCAAAUCGCAAAUCGCAAGGAAGAGAAGGAACAGUGAAAUUCUGCAUUCACAUUCAAUUAGGGUUUUUCUUUUCGUUAUCGGAAAUGGCUCGAAACGAGGAGAAGGCGCAGUCGAUGCUGAACCGCUUCAUCACGAUGAAGGCGGAGGAGAAGAAGAAGCUGAAGGAACGCCGUCCGUUCCUUGCUUCGGAGUGCCGCGACCUGUCGGAGGCCGACAAGUGGCGCCAGCAGAUCAUGCGCGAGAUCGGGCGGAAGGUGGCGGAGAUUCAGAACGAGGGUCUGGGCGAACACCGCCUGCGUGAUCUCAACGACGAGAUCAACAAGCUCAUUCGGGAGAAGUCUCAUUGGGAGCGACGAAUCGUGGAGCUCGGCGGGCCCAAUUACGCCAAGCACUCGGCCAAAAUGACGGACCUCGACGGCAACAUUGUUGACGUUCCCAACCCGGGCGGGCGCGGCCCCGGUUACCGAUACUUCGGCGCGGCGAAGAAGCUUCCCGGUGUCAAGGAGCUCUUCGAGAAGCCCCCGGAGCUCCGCAAGCGGCGCACGCGGUAUGACAUUUAUAAGCGGAUUGAUGCGAGUUAUUACGGUUACCGUGAUGACGAGGAUGGCGUGCUGGAGCGGCUGGAGGGCCCAGCGGAGGAUGCGAUGCGGCGGGAGGCGGCAGAGGAGUGGAGGAGAUUGGAUGAAGUGAGGAGGGAGGCGAGGAAGGGGGUGAAAAGUGGGGAGGUGGCAGAGGUGUCGGCGGUGGCUAGGGAGAUGCUGAGGGAGGAGGAGGAGGUGGUGGAGGAGGAGAGGCAAAGAGAGAAAGAGGAGGAGAAGGAGAAGAGGGAGUUUAUUGUGCACGUGCCGCUGCCGGAUGAGAAGGAGAUUGAGAGGAGGGUGCUGGAGAAGAAGAAGAUGGAGCUGUUGAAUAAGUAUGUGAGUGAGGGGCUUAUGGAGGAGCAGACCGAGGCCAAGGACAUGCUCAAUAUUCAGCGUUAGCGGGGACUGUGCCAAUAUUUUAAAAUGCUGUUAUAGUUCUGGAGCGGAAAAUUGCAGAUAGAUUUGAUUGUGGACAAAUGCGCAAUAGUGGUGAUGACUUCAAAAAUCUUGCCCAAAAUUGUGGUUCGUAAACUGCAUUUUGGUUUAAUCUUUUUAUCUUGUGGCUUGAGUUUUGGUAAGCAAGUAGGUUGGAUAUAACUUAAUACAUGUUUCGAUUGAAUUAGUGUAAAACGUAGAGGAAUGAACAUGUUGCUCUAGUGAUACUCUUUGAGAAAUUUUAUCAAUGCGCAAUUCGUGAUCAUGCACUUAAAACUCAA